AUGCCCCAACUCAAGGUUCUCAUUGUGGGCGCAUCCAUCGCGGGCCCAACGGCGGCUUACUGGUUCGCCAAAGCCGGAGCAAACGUCACCGUCAUCGAGCGCUUCCCACAAUUACGCACCAAUGGGCACAAUGUCGACAUUCGCAACGUUGGCGUCACGGUCAUGCGAAAGAUUUCCGGGAUGGAGGCGGCCGUGAAAGCUAAGACGGUGCCGAUGGAAGGCAUCAGCUUCGUCCGCACUGACGGGAGACCGUAUGGAAUCAUCCGGGCCACGGGGAAUCCAGAUAGGCAGUCGCUCGUUUCCGAGUACGAGAUCUUUCGCGGUGACUUGGCGCAUAUUCUCUUCGAGAUGACGAAAGACAACGAGAAUAUCCACUAUAUUUUCGACGAGCAGGUCGUCUCGAUGCGGCAGGACGAACCAGACGACAACGGACCGGUCACAGUCGAAUUCGCGAACGGCUUCCCGACUUCGAUAUUUGAUCUCGUUGUCGCCUGUGACGGUGCCACCUCGAGGACUCGAGCGAUCGGUCUUGGAUGCGGUGUCCGAGACAACAUCCAAUCCACAAACAGCUGGGUGGCGUACUGUUCCAUGCCGCAAGAUUUACUCGCUGGAAGUAAAUUGGGACAAGCAUACAGCGCGCCCGGCGGGCGGUUCAUCGCCGCUGGAGCUGAUCCGUCGGGCAUGACUCGAGUUGUGUUCAUGGGAAUCCACCCACGCGACGACCAUGACGCCGUGCGGCCGUUCCGCGAGGCAAUGGAGCGCGGAGACGACGCGCUCAAACAAUUCGUUGCCCAGCACUACCGCGGAGCCGGAUGGAGAUGCGACGAGGCUGUGAAGGGUAUGCUUGAGGCGGAGGACUUCUACGCCACGGAGAUCGUCCAGGUUAAACCGCCCUGUCUGUACAACGGAGGCUUCGUGCUGGUCGGUGAUGCAGGUUAUGCGCCUGGUCCGACUGGCGCGGGGACGAGUCUUGCUCUCGCUGGCGCGUACAUUCUGGCGGGCGAGGUCGGCAGCAGACACAAGGGUGAUCUGGCUGCGGGACUCCGGGGGUACGAGGAGCGUAUGCGGCCGCUCAUUGAUGAUUUGCAGAAGAUUCCCUUAGGCGUUCCCACUGUCUUUGCGCCACAGACGGCGUGGGGAAUAUGGUUACGAAACACCUUUUUUGCGCUGAUCUGCUGGACUAAAAUUCUGGAUUUCGUCCAGUUAUUCUUUUUCGUCUCAUUUUCUAACCCGGAUAAGUACGUACUGCCGGAUUAUCAAUGGGUUAGAUAG